UGAUGAAAACACACACAUUUUGACAGCACGUACGUGCAUUUUAUAACGGCACUAAAAAAAGCAUCUGGUUGGGAAAAAAUAAUAGAAAUAUCGCGAAAUUAUUGUUAAUUAUCUUUUCAGCAAAAAAUCGUACAAUAAUUUAUUUUAUUUAAUACUAUUUCCAAUAAAUUGCAUACGCUAAUAAAAUGAGUGAAGAAUUUAAGUUGCCCAAACGUUCACGCAAACGUACACGUGAAGUAAAACGUAAAGCUAGACCUGAAUUAGACAAAGAAGGUUGGACGGCCUUACGCUAUGCCGAACGCUUUGAACCAUUUUGUCAGGUCAAAGACAAUGUUGAACGUAUUAGAGAAGACGAGGUCAGCUGUCAAGAAUUUAUUAAACGAUUUGAGGAGCCCUACUUGCCGGUGGUGAUUGAAGGAUGCCAACAAGGAUGGCAAGCUCUGGAAAAGUGGACUCUACCACGUUUGGUAAAAAAGUAUCGCAAUCAAAAGUUCAAAUGCGGUGAAGAUAAUGAGGGCUAUAGUGUUAAAAUGAAAAUGAAGUAUUACAUAGAGUAUAUGAAGACAACAAAGGAUGACAGUCCCCUGUAUAUAUUCGAUAGUAGCUUUGGCGAACAUCAUCGCCGGCGUAAAUUGUUAGAGGACUAUGUGGUGCCACAAUAUUUUCGCGAUGAUUUGUUCAAGUAUUGUGGCGAAGAACGACGCCCACCAUACCGUUGGUUCGUAAUGGGACCCGCCAGAUCGGGUACUGGUAUACAUAUUGAUCCUUUGGGUACCAGUGCUUGGAACGCAUUAAUUAGUGGUCACAAACGUUGGUGCUUAUUUCCCACCCAAACUCCAAAAGAUUUGCUGAAGGUGCCCUCCAAUUUGGGUGGUAAACAGAGAGACGAAGCUAUUACCUGGUUUAGUACCGUCUAUCCUCGUACCAAGCAAUUGGAUUGGCCAAAGGAAUAUGCCCCUCUAGAGAUUCUACAAAAGCCGGGUGAAACUGUGUUCGUACCCGGUGGCUGGUGGCAUGUUGUCUUAAAUUUGGACGAUACUAUAGCGAUUACGCAAAACUUUUGCAGUCGCACAAAUUUUCCCAUUGUAUGGCACAAGACUGUAAGAGGUCGUCCCAAGUUGUCCCGUAAAUGGUUGCGCGUAUUACGCGAAAAGGAACCUGAAUUGGCGAAAGUCGCCGAAAGUAUUAAUAUCGAUCAAAGUACGGGCUUUGCCUCCGAUAGUUCCAGCAAUUCAAGCUCAUCUUCAUCAAGCUCCUCAUCAUCGGGUACUGACACAGAAAAUGAGGGAAACAAGAGCGAUGACGAUUCCUGUUCCUCGAAUACCGAUAGUGGCCAAGAGAGUUUAACUGCUAAAAAGAAAAAGAAGCGACGUAUGGGUGGACAUAUGUCCUCAAACUCAUGAUGGCCGCCACAUUGGUGGCGAUGUAGUAGAGGCAACCAAUCGGAUGAUCAUUCAAAUACUUCUUCUAAUCAAGAUAAUCAACAAUUAACUGAAAUCGUACAAGUUGGAGAGAAGCUGGAACCAAAAACGGCUAACAAUUCUAUGGUUAAAUAUCUCAAUUGGCGUCUACUACAUUUAGGUCUUAUUGAAAAAAGUUAACAUUUUAUUAUUAAUCUACAACUACAUAUAACAUAAACCUAUUAGCAGUUGUUAACAAUUACGCAAUUAUAAUUAAAAUAAUAUCAUUUACUUCUUUCACCAUACAACACCAUCAGCUAGGGUCACUAUUUAUGUCUGUAGUAUGUUGUAUAUCAUCUGCUAAAUUUAGAUUGUAUUUUAGAUUUUAGAAAAAACUUCUUAAAUUUCUAUUUUUUUUAGUUUUUCAUUUGACCUUUAAAAUAACUUCUAAUUUGAUUUCUUUUAUUGUUUGUUCACCUUGAAGUAUUUUUAGAACAGGAAAACCCUUUUUGCUUUAUGAUUCAGUUACCGCUUCGAAUCACCCACCCAUGCCAAUCUCAUUACUUAGCAUGUGCUGUUGGCGAUUCUUAUUAUUCUGGAUAUAGUUUUUUUUGUUUUUAUUUUAAUUCUUGUAUUCAUUUUUUGACCUUAAAUAAGUAACAAAAAGUUAAUGGAACACAUUGAUUUGAUUUUCUUUAAAUUUACCUACAUUUAUGACUAAUAUUAACUACAACAAUAAAAACAAUUAAUUUAAUUUAAAA